UUCCUCAAAACCAAGCCGGGAACACGCGAACGCACAGAAUCACUUGUUUGAUCGAUUUUUGACAGUCAUCAAAGAUGGGGGACAAGAUAGAUAUGAGCUUAGAUGAUAUCAUCAAGUCUAACAAGGGUUCAAAAAGAGGUGGAGGCCGAGGAGCGCGGAGAGGAGGUGGUCGAACGUCAAAUCGCGGGGGUAACCGGGGUGGACGACGCCAAACUGGUGGCCGUGGUGGCGGUGGAGGAGGUGUCUUCAGAGGAGGUGUACAACGAAGAGGUCGUGCAGGAGGCAACAGAAACAAUUAUUCAAGACCCAAAGAACUUCCAGACGUAUGGCAGCAUGACAUGUAUGAUGGUGCACCUACUUUUAAAAGAACACUUGGAGGGGGCGGUGCCUUAGGAUCACAAGGAAAACUGCACAUAUCUAACCUUGAUUUUGGAGUAAACGAUUCUGAUAUACAGGAAUUAUUUGCUGAAUUUGGUAAUCUGAAGAAAGCAGCUGUACACUAUGACAGAUCGGGCAGGUCCCUUGGUACAGCAGAGGUCAUAUUUGAGAGAAGGGCUGAUGCAGCCAAAGCCAUGAAACAAUAUAACAACGUACCUUUGGAUGGUCGGCAGAUGAGUAUCCAGUUAAUUGGAGCAUCAGAAGCAGGAGCAGUGCCCAUGAGCAACAGAAUCAAUAUGAACCAAAGAACUGGUGGAGGUGGUGCUCAGAGGAGUAGAGGAAGUGGCAGAUCUUUUGGUGGUGGACGUGGAAGGGGAGGUAACCGGGGAGGCAGAGGUGGACGAGGAGGUGGUAGAGAGAACAAGAAGACACCAACAGCUGCAGAACUGGAUGCUGAGCUUGAUGCUUACAACUCAAAGAUGGAAACAGACUGAAUACACUCAGUGAUUUAGGGUACUGAACCUUAAGCAAGUUCUUAGACAUAGGCGAGAAAAGUGUACAGCAUUCAAAAUGGAACAAGAGGAAAAUAAAGAUGCAACUGUUUGAAGUAAAGGACACGGCUGCUUCCUGAAUUUUGGACUAGCCAUUAUCAUUCAUACAGUUACAGAUCAAAAGACUUCCUGUGUAUCAUCUUGUCCUGAGGAUCACCAAUGUAUAGGCCCCAUACAUAGUAUUUUUCUAUUAAGUCUGAAUCUAAAGGACAGAAUGAAUUGAAUGUUCCAGCUUCACACUUGUAUUUUUAAGAAAUUUUAGAUGGUUGAUUGGUGAGUGUAUCAUUGUAAAGGUGCAUUAUGAAGGUGUGUGUAAGUGGUGUGUGUACUCUAUAUUAUUUUAUGUAGUGUUUGUUUCAUUGCAACAGUUUCAAAGUAUCUCAGAAUAUCAUUUAUCACUGUAAAAUUGAUAUUUUUAUCAUUCUCAUUGGCGCAUAUUUAUAAAUGUGAUUAAAUGAUUUGAACACUUGUUCUGUAGUUGGGUGUUUUACAACUAGUUUUCUGGUACUUUAAGAUAACUAAAAUCAACCAGUUUGUUUUAUGUAUGACCAUGUGAAUAGCACAAUUCUUUAAAUACUUGGGAUACAAGGUUACACCAAAUUAUCAUUUGGUAUCAUUUCCCCGGUAUUUCAGUUUCUUGUACCAUAGAAAUCGAUAUUUGAUUAACUGUAAAUUCACAAAGACAAGUGAAUAAAGUUUUUGUCUUAAUAUAAA